AAAUAUAAAAUGUUUCUAAAGAAUAUGUUUAAGAAACAAUCUCGAUUUGAGAAGCAUCUAUUCGAGGGUACGAUUUACGAUAAUUCUGAAACAGUUGAUUUAGAUGAUAUAAAGAAAAUGCUAUAAGGUAAGUAUUACUGAUUAAAAAGGUUAUCCAUCAAAAGAAGAAGAAGAUCAAUUAGUCCAGAGUAUGACGAUUGUUCAAGUGUUCAAAGAAUUCAUACGACUUAUACCAUCGCAAUUAGAAACUCCUAAAAAAUUGAAAGUCUUAUUGACAAUCCAUGUCCUAAUGGGUGAUAUCAAGCAUGGCAGAUUGUUUGUGUAAUAAUUCCUUGGAUGGAUUGGAUGGCAACAUACAGAAUAGAAGGAUGUUUUGAGUAAGUUCUCUUCUGUGUAGACAAUGAUCAUCCAAAAAUUAGCAUUGAUUAGUGAGAUUAUCCAAAGGAGUAAAUUGAAAUCCAACGUUAAUAUUUUAUGUAAUUUCAUGUGAAUUAUAAUAUUAUAGUCAAGGAUAUCGAUUCUAAUGUAAUGCAAUUUUAUAAAAUGAUUAAUGCUCUCAAUCUAAUUUUAGGAUAACAAGAAGUAAACAAAUUAUUUUGACAUAAGUUUUACGCUUAGGUAUUUUCAACUCACAACAGAAUAAUAGUUAUGGAAAUCUAUUUGUUAUUGUGGAAUGAUGUUAUUGCACUAUUUUUAAUGUUGGAAAGGUAAUUCCACAUCUUAUUCUAGUUCAUAGGUUUGUACGAUAAUUCUUAGAUUGUUAUUAACAAAUGGAUUAACAACAAUCUAUCCAAGUUUACGAACUGUUCAAUGAAUAUAUCAAACUAACACCACAAGUCAAACGAUUUGCCCAAUUGUGCAUAUUCUUUUAAAAUUGCAAUGUGAAUGAACCGAAAUGGUAUCAACCAACAAAAAAGGAAAUUGAAGAAUUAUAAAUUUACUUUUAGAAUGUCAAAAUUUAUCUCACGAGUAGAUCUAAAAGACUGAAAAUUGAGAAAUCAAGUCCUCAACCCAAUAGAAGUUGUCAAACGACUGGAAGGGACCUGAAAAAAUCAUAAUCCCAAUCCUAGAUAAUUCCGAAAGGGGAUUUAAAACAACAUUAGGAUAAUUAUUUAUCCAAUACUACUAUGGGUUAUGCAAAAAGGAUAUAUUAGGGAAACAAUGCAUCUUAAGCUAUUUAAUACACAUUUGAGAGUGAUUGCUUAACUGCAGAUGUUAUUAAAUAAUGA